AUCAGCUUUGCCCUGGAAGCAGUUAACACGUCCACAAACACAGGCUGUGUCUCAACAUGUAGUUCAUGUGCUUUAACUUUCAUGUAAUCUGUUUUUUGACUCACUUAGAUUCAUAUUUUUAAUAGCUGACUCUCGAUGAUGAAAUGCACAAAUGGCCGACAUCAUAAAUCCGGACAAUGAAGGAGAUCUUCAGGCUCAAAUUGAAGAGGUAGAGGCUCUGUCUUCCAUCUAUGGGGAUGAGUGGUGUGUUAUAGAUGAAGCAUCCAGAAUAUUUUGCAUCAAAGUAUCCGAUGACUUGGACGAGCCAAAACUAACAGCAUGUUUGCAGAUAAUUCUCCCACCUGAUUAUCCAAGCGUAUCUCCCCCCAUCUACCAGAUCAAUGCAGCGUGGUUGCGAGGCCCUGAGAGGGCCAAAUUGGCAAACAGCCUGGAGGACCUCUAUGUGGAGCACAUGGGGGAGAGCAUCCUUUAUCUGUGGGUGGAAAAAAUUCGAGAAUUCCUUGUGGAGAAGUCCCAGAGCUCAGGAACAGUGGAUCAACCAGAAAAUGUGAACAUGACGGCUGAGGAGGAAGUGGAUGAUGAUGAUGAAGACAUACCAGACUUCAGGACUUUUAAACUGAACACAGAGAAUGCACAUCUGUUCAUGGAUCAUGCAAAUGAUGAAGAAGUCCCUCCUAUAAAACAUGGAAAUUCCAUCACAGACCGACGCAGUACCUUCCAGCCUCACUUAGCACCUGUGGUGACUCCCAGACAGAUUCUGGAUGUGCGUAAUGUCAUGGUGGUCGUGUCCCGAUGGUAUGGAGGUAUUUUGUUGGGUCCUGACCGCUUCAAACACAUCAACAACUGUGCUAGAAACAUCCUGGUAGAGGAAGGAUACACUGUCUCCACGGAUGAAGCCACCAAAUCAGGAGCGAAGACCAAAAGGCCAAAAAGCAAGAAGAGUAAAUAAAUUCAAAAAGAGGGGGGAAAAAGACUUUUAUUAAAACUCAUUUUCACAGUAUUGUGAAAAGGUUGUUCUUAGCCGAUUCAGAUGUGUCUUAAUGGAGACAAACAGGGAUUUCUUGCAAUAAACAAAUAAUUUAUUCAACAUAA